UUACAUAUAGUUCCGCUUGUGAACACACAGAAACGUGCGAGCCUAUGCUUCUUGCCUGUUUUGUUGAAGCAAUCCAAAUAUUUAAUAUUCUUGGUUAAGCUCGUUAACACGUUGUGAAAGUUCACAAGGGUGGCUGUGAGAUGUUGCUAACUGAACACAAAACUGUCACAAAAUGUUAACGGUGUAAGGUAGUGUAAGAAGAUAAACAAACCCCUGCGAUUCUGCGAAAGCUAAGAUGGGAACACCAUGUGAAGGAAGUUCUCUGGACAACCAUGGUGUUUUUCAUCCAUGUGCAGAGGAAAUACAGAAAUGGAUGCAGAAAGCAUUUGAAAUGGCGAAAGAUGCUUUAGAGAAUGGUGAAGUACCUGUUGGAUGUCUCAUGGUUUACAACAACGAGAUUCUGGGAAGAGGAAGAAAUGAAGUAAAUGAAACCAAAAAUGCCACCCGACAUGCAGAGAUGGUGGCUAUUGACCAGGUUCUGGAUUGGUGUCAUUGCAAUGACAAGGACCCUGGAGAGGUGUUUGAGCGCACUGUUCUCUAUGUAACCGUGGAGCCAUGUAUUAUGUGUGCAGGAGCGCUACGCUUAUUAAGUAUCCUGAACAGUAUUUUGCUUGAACCCAUACACUUGAUUUACAUCUUAAUACUUUAUCAUAAGAAUAGGGCCCUUUGUGAACUAAGUUUAUGGAAACCAAAAUACUGUGGCCAAAACAGAGAGGGAACCAUGACCUGUGUUAUUCCGUGAACGAGAAUAGUUGGGUGGGUUGUUGAAAGCCAUCCUCAAACACUGCAGUCAAUUCUAGGAGUAUGCUGUUUUAUAUAACUAGUGCAAUGUAUGGAAAGUGAAGUUUAAACCUAAAUUUAUACAGCUGCAUUUGAGGUUUCUGAGAUCUGCUUAGCAUCACAGUGUAAUGUGUAUUUAUAAAACACUUGAGGACAUUGAGAAAGACCGUUUGUCAAGGAAUUUUACUAGUUUCUUUUAGGGUUUGAAUGAGUGCAAGUAGAGAUUCCAAAAUAAGAUCUGGUAAGAACAUUAUUUAUUCUACAGUGUUGAACACAAUAAGUUAUUAAGUGCUAGAUCUUUCAACACUUGUAUAAAAAUAACAAAUAAAAUACUGCUGUUUUCUUAGUCUAGUUUAUAAGGUAUGUCAUAGACAUUUUGUUUUAUAUCGGGUUACUUUGAAGGCGGUACUUCUCAUAAAAUACCUUGUAUGAAACUUUUAAGUUCCAAGUACACUCAUCAUUUUAGGUGCAGUGUCUAGCAAAACAGACAGUUUGAAAAAUAAUUUGUAAAGGCUGCAGUAUCUGGAAACAAAGUAAUUAGUUUUGCUCCAAAUUGUAGUAAAUACUGUGGUACUGAAUACUUCUUUGUUACCAUUUGGUUGAAUAGAAAAGGGCUACAAGAACGGAGGCUUUGACAAGAGUAAAUCCAGCAACAUCUUGAAAGAAUGUAGUUUGGACUGACUAUCCGAGAAGGAACAUUCUUCUUACAGAACAUCUUAUUAACUUAACUGUGUAUUAAUAAUUCUGCUGUAUGUUUAUGGCAAUAAAAUGACCAGAAUGGAGUUUGUGGGUAGGGGUGUGUUUUUUUUUUUACAUCAUUACAGGGAGGAACAUUCUUUAGAAGAACAUCUGAUCCUUAACCCUUUAACAUGAAUUCCACUGGUUGUUUAUGGCUGUAAAAAUGACAGGUUUGGAGGCUGUGGGUCUGUGCUGAACAUCCCUGCUGAUAAUUUGCCACACACUG